AUGCAGCAGCAGCCCUAUAACUACGGCCCCUAUGGAGGAGCCGCACCACCUUAUGGCUACCCCCAGCAGCAACAACAGCAGCCGUACGGCAGCGGCGGGUACUAUGCAGGACCACCGCCCCAGCAGCAACAGCAGUGGGUCGGCUAUGCGGCAGGUCCACCGCAAGGUGGCGGCGACAUCCUGCACUUCCCUGCCUACGGCGGACCGCCAAUGUCGGGUGGUGCUCCCUACCCCGCGCCCGGCUCUGGCUACGCGCCCGCUCCCGGCUCUGGCGGCCCCUAUGGCGGCUAUCCCUCGCCACCGCCCUCCACCGGCGGCCCGCCCGGCUCCGGCUACGCCCCGACCUACCCCUCGCCCGCUCCCGCCGCCGCCGCCUAUGGCGACCGGGUGACCGGCUACCCGGGCAGCGGCCCGCCGUCCUACCAUUCUCCGCCGCCCUCCGGCUACGGCCAGCCGCAGCCACCACCAGCGUCGGGCUACGGCCAGCCGCAGCCGGUGUACUACCAGCAGCCGCCGCCCGCGUCCGGUGGGCCGCCGCCGGCCAUGUACGGCGCCGGCGGUGUGCCCGAGCUGUCGCCGUACAUGCAGAACAUGACGAUCGUGGACAACCACAACGCGACGGUGGUGGCGCCCACGCCAGGCGGAGGCACGAUGGUGUCGUCGUCAUCGACGACGGUGGAGUGCUGCGGACCCACUGGUGCCGCCUCGGCCGCGCCGCCUCCGGGCGUCAUAACGCCAGCGCCCAAGAAGGACAUUGUCAACCAGUCCGAAAAGGCCACCGGUAUGGGCAAGUUGUGGCGAGCAAUGACCAAGGUGACGGAAAUCACGCAGGCGGGACAGGACCGCGCCCUCGUCAAACUCGAGAAGACCCGAAAGUGGAUCGUCGACAGCACAACCGAUGCGUCGAUCUUCACCAAACCGCCGCCGUUUGCCUACAGCGUGGAGACCAUUCAACCGCUCCUUGGCACCACCAAAUUCUCCGAGGCCGAGCUGGAGCAACUGUUCUACUUCUAUCGCGAGCUCGCACUCUCCGAGAUCCUCGCGCCGGCGCGGGCCGCGUUGCUUCUGCCUCCCGCCGCCGAUCAACCGAUGUACGCCGAUCUCCAGCAGAGGGCGUACUCAAUCUUCGUGGACGGGUCGGGCAAGGCCACCCACCUGUCCUUCAUUUCCGCCGUCUCUGCCCUCGCGCGCGGCAGCCCGCAGGAAAAGUUCCCCCCUUUGGUUUCAGUGCUGUGUCGACUGUUUGGCGACGGCGGCUACGUGCACCGUAACAAGGUGGUCGAGCUCUACAUGCAAAUUCACCGCACCCACAAGCACGUCGAGGGCCAACCGGACACGAUAUCUGCCGCCCUCGACCAAGUCUUUGGCGACCGGCCGAGCCUGGGCCUGGACGAGUUCCAGGCGCGGUGCGCGGGCGCGCUCACGGACGAGUGGUGGGACGCGUUCGGCCUCUUCUCGGGCAUCGUCGAGCAGUCGUGGCGCAAGGUCGAGGCCAAGCUCCACAGCCGGCCCGAGAAGGAGGGCUUCCUCCUCAAGGAAUUCGUUCGGGUGGGCAUGUCGUCGUGGGCGCCGCACUGGUGCUGCCUGAAGGAGGGGUUCUUCAUCUACUACGAGAAGCAGCUCAACAUCCACUCGAACAAGGAGGACAUCGACUACAACAUCUGGGAGACCAGCCGCAAGCAGGAGAACAUAUCUCGCGUGGUGUCGCUGAACGUGGGCAUUGGCCAAUGUUCGGCGAAGUGGUCUCCGACCGGGAAGCACGAGUUCAGCUUCGAAGUGGCGACGCCCCACUAUCGGCGCAAGUUCGCGGCGGCCACCAGCGAAGAGUGCAAGGAGUGGAUCAAGGCCAUCAACCAGCACUGCAUUAACUCCGUCGACCAGUUCCCCUUCCAGAGCACCCUCCCUCUCCACGAGAAAAUCAAUGCGCGUUGGCUGGUGGAUGGGAAGGACACGUUCAAGGAGAUGGCGCGCGCCAUUCGCAACGCCAAGGAGUCCAUCUUCAUCGCCGACUGGUUCUUCUCGCCCGAGAUCUACCUCAUCCGCGAAAACGAGAUCACCGGCGCGACGGAGAUGAAGGAGGAGAACCGGUUGGACAUGAUGCUGCAGCGCAAGGCCAACGAGGGGGUGCAGAUCUGCGCGCUGAUCUGGAACGAGACCAAGGUGGCGGUCAACCUCAACUCGCAGCACGCGCAGCAGUACCUGGAGAACCUCCACCCGGCCAUCAAGGUCAUCCGCCACCCGCUCGUCGCGCCGGUCAAGUGGUCCCACCACCAGAAGAUCCUGGUCGUCGACCAGGACUACGCCUUUGUGGGCGGAUUGGAUCUGGCGAUGGGGAGGUGGGACGACCAGUGUCAUCGCAUCACCGACUCGCAGCCGCCCUACCGAUGGAACGGCAAGGACUACUACAAUCCGCUGGUGACGGGGGUCAACAACGUGCAGCGGCCCGACGUCGACUACUUCGACCGCACCAUGAACCCGCGCAUGGCCUGGCACGACGUUCACACCGUCGUGGACGGCGACGCGGCCAGAGACGUCGCCGCCAACUUCAUCCAACGAUGGAACCACCACCGGGAGGUGAUUCAGGGGGUGACGCUGCCGUGGCUGCUGCCCAAGGCCGCCGUCGCGCCGCGCACGCACUCCAACGUCGGAUACGGCACGUGCGAGGCGCAGGUCCUGCGCAGCACCUGCGAGUGGUCCAUCGGGUCCGGUCCGCACACCGAGACCUCCAUCCUCCACGCCUACCGCUACGCCAUCUCCAACGCCGAACACUUCAUCUACAUCGAGAAUCAGUUCUUCAUCAGCUCGACGGGGGGCGCGCCGGUGGAGAACGACAUCGUGGCGAUCAUCUUCGAGCGCAUCCGCAAGGCCGUCGUCAACGGUGAGGUGUUCCGCGUCGUGGUCAUCCUCCCCGUCCACCCCGACGGCACCUACGCCACCUCCGCCAGCGUGCGCAACAUCAUGCGGUGGAACUACCACACGAUCACGCGGGGCGGCACCUCCAUCCUUGAGCGCUUCACCAAGGAGUUCCCGGACAAGACCGCUAGCGACUACAUCGUCUUCUGCGCCCUCCGAACCUACGAUUUCCUGGCGCGGGGCACGGCGGUGACGGAGCAGAUCUACAUCCACUCGAAGCUGCUGAUCGUCGACGACCGCCUCGUCAUCUGCGGUUCGGCCAACAUCAACGACCGCUCCAUGCUCGGCAAGAGGGAUUCGGAGAUCUGUGUGAUGCUCAACGACACCGACUUUGUGGACUCGCGCAUGAACGGAGCGCCCUACAAGAAGUGCAGAUUCGCCUACGACCUGCGGCGAAGCCUGUGGCGCGAGCAUCUGGGGCUGUUCGACCACGAAAUGGACAACAUCGACGACCCCGUGUGCGAGGCCACCUUCAAGUACUCGCCCGCCCUCUUGGCAUGA